CCAGUCUCUAAUAAACAUCUCUAAUCAAUCCAAUCCAGGUGUUGUUAAUUAACGCUGAGGCAGUGACCGGUUUAUGUCUGUAUGUGACAGCAGGAUCACUCAAGAGAACAUUUUUUAUAGGGUAAGAUCAGUGGGAGUGUUCAUGGAGAAUUACUCAAUAAAGCUUGCGACAGUCAAUAGCACAAAGUUCAGUGACCAAGUGGAGCAAGAAAGAGGAACAAGAGAAGAGUGUUGGAGAGGUUUGUUGGAGUAAGCAGCACAUCAGGAUCGACCGCUAUAAGGAUUAUACUCAAACACGGUGGAGGUGAUCUCAGAUGGAUUACGCCAUGAAGAUGCUCACCCUGCCGACUCCAUCUUCCCUCUCCAGUUCUGUGACAGCCGGCCUCUCAGCUGGAGCCUCCAUGACUCAGCAGCUCCUGACGGGUCGAGCUCCCCGGCCAAAGCCCUUCAGGGUCUCAAAUGCCGACCGCAGCAUGAAGAAGGGCAUCAUGGCCGACACGCUAGAAGGCCUGAUUAACAAGGUCAGCGACUCGUUGAAUGUAGCGUGUGUCGGCGCCCUGGUGCUGGAUGAAGACGGCACAGGGGUGGACACAGAGGAGUACUUCCAGACGCUGCCUGAAAACGCCGUCCUCAUGGUGCUGGAGAAGGAAUGCAAGUGGACCCCACCUCCGAACAGCCCCUCCAAAGACCAGCUGAGUGAGCUCAGGCCACAGCAGCGGAGAGAUGUGGUCAAGUUGACUUUUGACCUCUACAAAAACAACCCCAAGGAUUUCAUCGGCUGCCUGAAUGUGAAAGCAACCAUGGAGGUUCUGCGAUGGGCCAUCUUCACCAUGCAGGCCACGGGACACAUCCUGCUGGGCUCCUCCGGCUACAUCGAGCAGCAGCUGCUGGAGGAGGACGAGCGGGCGGAGAGGAGGCUGGAGCUGCCGCAGGAGAGCCGGAUCGAGCUGCCGCAGGAGAGCCGGAUCGAGCUGCCGCAGGAGAGCCGGAUCGAGCUGCCGCAGGAGAGCCGGAUCGAGCUGCCGCAGGAGAGCCGGAUCAGGCAGCUGCAGAGCAUGCUGCUGGCGAGGAUCACACACUGAUGAAGAACUGAAGCUGACAAUGGUCCACUAUGAGACGUAGGACACCAUGUAGAUGGUCACAGAUGGGGAUCUCUACAUGUUCAUGUCCCAGUUUGCGGACAUUGCAUCAGUCUCACUGUCACUUUCUUACUCUGUUACAUUUUUCUGCACUUUAUGUACACGCUCAUACCACAUUUUAUUUUACAGAAAGCACGUUUACUCACUUAUGUAGCUUUUUCCUUGGGUAAUGAAUAAAUAAAAGUACAACUGUUUUUAAAAGGA